UGAGCUUUUCUAGAAAUCUACCAGAGGCACAACAAUCUUGGCCCUGUUUAUAUAUACAUACAUACAAGCCAGGAUUGUCAUAUCAUCAUUGCCAUCUAUUAGAGGAAAAUGGAAUUAAUCAAUCAUGAUCCAUUAGUAACUUCAAUGAGUGAGGUGUUGGACAGAUUGCCUCCCCUGUCCCCUUCAUGUUGCAUCUACAGAGUUCCUAAGCGAUUACGGCGCGUAAGUGAACAAGCCUACACGCCUCAGGUUGUGUCUAUAGGCCCCCUUCACCAUGGAAAAGAAGCCCUGAAAGCCAUGGAAGAGCUUAAAAAUAGGUACCUACAAGAUUUUUUACGUCGGACCAAUGUAAGUUUGGAAUAUUUUAUAAAGAAAAUAAGGGCCCAAGAAGCAAAACUGCGCAGUUGUUAUGCAGAGACCAUUGGGUUUAGCCGCGAUGAAUUUGUAAGAAUCAUUCUGGUGGAUGCGGCCUUCAUCAUCGAGGUCUUGUUGAGGUUCUGUUACAAGCAUUUGCGGGUUGAGAAUGAUCGUAUAUUUAACCAACCAAGGAUGUUGGAGGAUGUAUGGCCUGACAUGCGGAUGCUUGAAAAUCAGCUGCCUUUCUUCAUUCUUGAGGAUCUUUUCGAUCAUGAAAGAAAUAUAGUUGGCAUCCAGACGACAAUUAUUGAUCUUUCUUACCAUUUCUUCAAAACUCUAAUGCAUAUGAAGGACAUGGAAGACACUUUGACCCGGAUACGUCCUCCUCAUCAGGUAGAGCAUUUUGUUGAUUUUGUUAGAAAGUUAUAUCCAUUGCCUCCACAAUUAAAAUCGAAAGUGCCACAAGUUCAAGAACCAUUCCAAACCCUAACCAUAGGCAUGAUGUCAUCAUGUGUAAUGGAUGUACCACAAGCUCGAGGGCAACUUGAAACCCAAACCAUACCGAGCAUGACACAGUUAUACCGAGCAGGGGUCAAGUUUAAGAAGGGGUCAAGCACAAACAUAUUCGACAUUCGGUUCAAUAUUGACGAUGGCAUUUUGGAAAUUCCAAAAAUAACAAUAAGUGAUCAAUCAGAGGUCACACUCACAAAUCUCCUUGUCUUUGAACAAACCCUAUGCAAGAAGGUAGAAAAUUACAUAAAUGAUUAUGUUGUCAUCUUAAACAUUCUUGUGAACACCCCGGAGGACGUGGCGUUGCUUGUUAAGAAUGGAAUUGUUGAAAACAAGCUAGGUGACAGCACUAAAGCCUGUACUACGAUCAAGAACCUUGCUGACGGCGUCAUUAUGGCCGAUGAGUUCUACUUCACCACUCUUUGUGAAAACCUGAACAAGUACUACAGAAUGUUUAGGCACAGAUGGAAGGAAUAUUUGGUAAAACAUUUCUUCAACUCACCUUGGACAACUAAGGAAAUUGUUGCAGCUGCUAUUUUCCUUAUGCUCACUUUCGUACAGACGGUGUGCUCUAUUAUCUCUGCUGCGCAACAAUAGUAAGUUUCUCCUUGGCCUUUUCCACCCCAUAUCCUUAUCCCUUUGUUCAUUCACAUCACAUGUGCUGGUUUUCUACCGGCUUAGAGGUAGCGUCUAGUCUUUGAGAGAGGUGUAAGUUUGGUUUAAUUUGCAAACUGUGAUUAGUCGUCUAUAGUAUAGAAGAAGGCUUAGGUUUCCUUCAACUGAGUGUAAGAGAGAUUUGAAGUUUGAAAAAAAAAUUAUGUAGAAGAGUAUUGGCAUACUCUUACACUUAAUUUCCUUUACUAAUUGGAAUUUACAAGGUUAAUUAGUAUGAUAGGAAGCUGAUUUAAAUUAGGAAUUUCAGAUAAUUAAUUGAGUGAGAAGCCAUUCUCUUCUGAUAAUCGGUUUCUUAU